AUGGUGAAACAAAACGGAUCAGCAUCCAGCGACCUUAUCUCACGACGGGGGGUGUUCAGUCGAAGACAUUACGGUUCCGUUGAACUGCUGCCGCAGAUCGAGGCGGAAGGGAGCGAGCUAAACGGCCGGCGAUUCCGCAUCGAGAGCGGGGAGGCGCUGGGAGACCGAGAUGAGCAAAUGUACGGCUCGCCAAGUACUCCUAUCCUUGAGAAUCCGGAGUACCAGACGCGAUGGUAUUUCAAGUACUUCCUCGGAAAACUCCACCAGAACUACGUGGGCAGUGACUCGGAGAAGACCCCGUUCUUCCUCUCCGUCGUGCUCACAGAUGCCAACAACCAGUGUGUGCCCCAGUACCGUGCCAUUCUGUGGAGAAAGACGGGCGCUCAGAGGAUUAGUCUCAGUUACACUCCGAACAAGCCAAUGACGGUCAAACAGAUACUUAGUAACUUCCAAAACAUGGACAAACUCGAGAAAGGACCGAAAGAAAUCUUCACGCCAGAAAUACAAAAGGACCUGCUGCUGCUGGAGGAACAAGAGGGUUCCGUCAACUUCAAGUUUGGUAUCCUCUACAUGAAGGCGGGACAAACUUCUGAUGACGAGAUCCUUAGUAAUGACUCCCCCUGCCGUGAAUUCGACACCUUCCUUGGCCUUCUGGGAGAGAGGGUGAGGUUGAGGAACUGGGACAAGUUCAGAGGAGGACUCGAUGUCAAGGGUGACAUGACGGGUCGACACUCCGUCUACACGAUCUAUGAGGGACACGAAAUUAUGUUCCAUGUGUCGACUAUGUUGCCAUUCUCCAAGGACAAUAAACAGCAAGUUGAGAGAAAACGUCACAUCGGCAACGACAUCGUCAACAUCGUUUUCCUCGACGGGAGCGUGGAUGACAUGGCCAACUUCUCACCUUCCUUCUUAAAGUCUCAAUUCACACACGUGUUUGCUCUCGUGUCCUACAACAGCGAGGACGACUCCUACCGCCUGCACGUCUACUCGGAGGAGACGGUGCCGCUGUUCGGGCCCUCGCUGCCGUGCCCUCCCGUCUUCUACAACAGAGAGGAAUUCAGGGAGUUCCUCCUCGUCAAGCUUAUCAACGGCGAGAAAGCGACGUUCAACACCCCCACCUUUUCGCAGAAGAGAGAGCGCACGCUGGACAUGCUCAUCAAGGACUUGUAUCAGGAGCACAUCAAUGAUCUCCCGCAGACGAUGCUCAACCGACGCGCCUUCAGUGACGUGCUGCCCGACCCGCCCCGCUCAUCUCGGCGCAAGGAGGAGGCCCGUCAGGUUGAAUUCGUGAGGUUUGGCCAAGCACUGAAGUUGGACACCAUCGUGAAGGGAGACGCCCCCACUUCCCUCGCCACCACGGGUCUCUUCAAACGCACGCCCUGGGAACCUCAGUGUUACUAUCCUGAUUUCCCUUAUGAAGUCGUCUGCGGAGAUUCCUGGGGCGACAACCGUCUCCUGCUGGCGACCAGUGAGGGGACGUUCCUGGUUGAAGAGGGCGUAGCGCACCGCCUCCUGUUCGACAAGAGCGUGCAGGUGAAACAGCUGAGCGUCGUGGAGGCGCAUGGGAUCCUGCUGAUCAGGGUGGAUAAAGGCCGCGACAGCAAGAUCCACGUGUUCAGACUCUCGGACUUCGAGUGCGAGGACGAGCGCGUGAAGACGAAGGCCGACCUCAAAGACCACCGCCUCGAGAGGACCAAGGGAUGCCACCUGUACGCCAUCUCGAGGCCUGGAGGAUCGCACCUCAGGAUGGUCGUAGCUGUGAACAAAAAGCUCCUUGUACUCCAAUGGCGACACUCGGCAGCUUGGACCGCCUGGUGCCCGGCCUCUGAUACAGACACUGUUGACGGGUUCCAGUUCAUUAGGGAGAUUUCCGUGGCCGAGUCCCCGUCCCUCAUAACGCUGGUGGAUUCCCCUCUGGUGUCUUCGGCAGGUGGACUCAGCGACAACAAAAUUUGCAUUGGUUAUAAGCACCAGUGGGACCUCGUGAGCGAACGGACAGGUGAGAUAAUAAAGCUACACCACAUUGACGCGUCGAAGGUCAACCUCGUCGCUGCUCUCGACAUAUACGAAGACGAUGAGGCUGAGCUGCUCCUAUGCCAUAACAACACAUGCCACUUCCAGAAGCUGACGGAGGAGUGUUCCAAUGAGUUUGACUUCCAGUGGAACUCUGUCCCAGAAGCCAUUGUGUGUGCCUUCCCCUACAUCCUAGCCUUCACUCAGGAUAGUAUAGAGAUUCGACUUAUUAUUAAUGGUAAUCUCGUGCAGACUAUGGUUAUGCCUCGGUUAGCUUUCAUCACGUCUAAGAGUGACAUCUUCUUUGCUACAACUGCCCCAGAAUUCUUCACGCUUCGGAGAGAGAGAGUCAGGGUCGACAGACUGGAGAGGGACCCCAGCCUUUCUCCUCCGCCUUCUCCUCACGGCAAGGAGCACACAGUGUUGGACCGGGACGCGGUUAAGCCCUUCCGCAUUUACCGCAUUCCCUUCCGCUGCCUGACGGGCGCAACCACCUGCGAGCGGCGCUGCCCCACGCCCUCCACGCCCCUUCACCCGCCGGUGCUGGGCGACGGGGAGGACGCGCCGGGGUCAGGUGGAGCCUCUGGCGUCGACAUCUGCAGCGGGAGGACGGGCAUGCACCUGAGGGUCUCGGACCAGCGCUACGCCAGCAGGUCCUGCACGGCGUCGCCCACCCACCACCCCUCCCCCUCGCAGGCCUUCCCGGGCUGCCCCCCUCCCUCGGGCUCCCCUCCCGUGAGCUCGACGAAGGGCUCGCCCUCGCACCUCCCCACCUACCAGAAGCAGAGGGACCGCACCAACUCCCUCACCGUCGACGCAGGGAGCAGCCUCCUCCUCCACCAAGGACGGCCCCCGGAACAGAGACGUGACGAUCGAGAAGGGACCACGACCGCCACACCAGCGACCACAGACAGACAAGGAACAGUUCUCUCAGACUUCAUUCUCGAAGGCGGACAGGAUUUCAACACGAACUUCACAGCUGAAUAUCUCUCAUAUCCUACCCAACAGAGAUUCAACAGACACCAAACAAUAUGCCACAUUAUACCACAUAUCACACCAUCAACAGACAGACCGAAUAAUACAGGAGAUACACUUCGAAUUAAAGAGAGGACGCAGAUAACAGGAAUACACAUUCCACUACUAGGACCAGAGGACAAGAGCCACGUUACAAUUCCACACUAA